UCACACGGGAAGCAGCAUGGACUGGGAAGGACGACGCUCAUGACAGCUGCCUAGAAGCUGAGAAAACCUCUUCAUAUUAUGAUUAUGGCAGAUUCCAGUGGUCCACAGAAAAACUGGUACUCAAUACUAGGUGCCUGUCCAACAGAUGACAUACAAGAACUGAAACAGAAGUAUCAGAAGCUCAUCCUCAUGUUUCACCCGGACAAGCAGAGGCCGGACGUAUCGGAAGGUGAAGCAGAGCAGCACAUGCAGCGAUUCAUUGAUGUCGACCAGGCUUGGAAGAUCUUGAGUAAUGAGGAGAGCCGGAAGGAGUACAACCUCCAGCUACGGGCACUUGAACUGAAACAGAGCUGGCCAGUGGACGCUCAUAUAACCCUCAACGAAAUGAACUGGGAUUGUGACACUAAGUGUUAUACGUACAGCUGCCGCUGUGGAGGAGAAUUCAUCUUAGAGAAGGAUGACCUACAAGAACUGGAAACGAUUGUGUGCUGCGAUUCCUGUUCACUCAGCAUUGAAGUUAAGAAGGUUACAUGACACUUUGGAUACGUUCAGCAAGUUUUUAUUGGACUAUUAUUUAGCUCUUUUAAAAUGGGACAUUUUCUAUGGACACAUGGUAGAUUUUAACAGGAAGUCAACCUCAUUCAUAACUGAUUAUUUCUUUAUGGUCUUUUAAUGGUCUCCACAUAGAUCCUCAAAGCGACCACACUGUAAAAACCUUCCCAUUAUCCAUUUCUUUUCUUGGGUAAGGACGCAACAUUUUCAUUCACAUGUACCUUACAGCAAGUGCAUCACCUAAUAACCAGAACUGGUUUCAAGAAUUGGGCCACACCAGACUCUCACUGUCUCAGAAAGCCCUUUGGUUGUUUCCUCUGAGCUAGACUUGCUCUUUUACGUACCAGACGCUUACCAAAAGG